UUCAAAUUUCAAACAGUCGUUUGUUGUUUUGUGUCCUGAGAGAGAGACGAAGAGGAGCCGAGAAGAGACGCUGAGAGACGCUCAGCUCGCCUUAUUGCGUCCUGUUUGAGUACACACAUCGGUGUACUACACUUUUCUUUUUAGAAAAAAAGUUGAAGUGUUGCUCGAGUUGGGAUAAACCGUCGAAAAUGGAUCCGUUUACCGAGAAACUGUUGGAGCGGACCCGGGCUCGCAGAGAAAACCUGCAGAAGAAAAUGGCAGAUAGACCGAAUGCAGCAAACAGGCAGAUGGCCAAAAGGCCCAGAGAGCCACUGGCUGACACCAACAGUGUGAUCAGUGAGCCAGUCAUUGAUAAAGUUCCACAGGUGUCCUCCAAGCCUUCUCCUUCCAAGCGCAUGUGCUCAGGGGAAAAUGUUCAACCUGCAGCCAACGAGGAGAACCAGGAGCCGGUGAUGACUCGACCUGUCACCCCCAUGGCAGAUCCUCCUACAGACAAGAAACCCCCGGUGGGUCCAGCCAGCAUCCGACAUUCCUCCUCCCUGGAGAAGAGUGCUGCCCGGCCUGCUGUCCAGUCUCAACCAGAGCCAGAGAAGAUGGCUGUCACCUCUGCUGCUGCUGCUGAUCCUCCAAGGAGCAGAGAAGCAGAGAUGGUGUCUGCCAGUCCAGCCCUACUGAUGAACAAGGAGACGCCAAUGGAAGAUCCAGCUCCAUCUGCUGUUGGCAUGAAGUCACGUCUGCAGAGGCUAGCAGAGCAGAGAAAGUGUUGGGAUGGCAGCGACCCCUCUGAUGAAGUACCAGACCACAUUCCCCUGUCCCUGUCGAAGAGACAAGCUGAGGUCCCACCAGCCCCGACCCCCACCGUGUCCUCAGAUGCUCCGGUGGGGAGGAGAGGCAGGCUGGCCAACCUCGCUGCCACCAUUGGAUCCUGGGAAGACGACCUCAGCCAUGCUAACAUUCCCAGGAGUGCAAAUGAGAAGCCUGCUACAACCGUUCACAAGUUUGCAGUCAAAGAUGCUGCCAGCAAUAAACCGAGCGCUGCGGGUCAUGUGGUGGCCAGUUCAGCUCUGAGCAGCAAGAGCACAUCCAGCUCUAAUCAGCAGGCUGCAUAUUCUCCAGUGAAGUCUAGCCGAGUGGUUUUCCCAAGCCCACAGAAGACCGACAUUCCUGCAGGCAGGCCAGCCCUUCAGUCAGUAUCCAGUCCUCAGAAGAGCUCCAUCCAGGGAACAGCCUUCCCAUCCAGUCCUCAGAAGACUGCUCCCUCCUCCUCAACAUCAGUGCCUCAAAGUCCCCUGAAGAAUCAGGCCCUCUCUAAGGGUCUCAAUCCCACCUCCAGCCCCCAGAAGGUUGGUCCCUCCUCUACAACAUCAGUGCCUCAAAGUCCCCUGAAGAAUCAGGCCCUUUCCAGGGGUCUCAACCCCACCGCCAGCCCCCAGAAGCCAGAACUCCGUGCCAAGCCCACCGUUACUGGCCCCUCUGGCCCCCAGGAGAAGGCUACUGCUGGAGCACCUGUUGUAAAAUCUUUCCUGGAGCGCUUUGGAGAGAGGUGCCAGGAGCGUAAUAACCAGAGCUCCCCAGCAGGGGGCACUACCCAUGCCAAGACUCCCUCUGUAACUCCAUCAGCAGUCACACCAAACACUAGAAUGGUACAGGAGAGGUUGAGAGCAGCCCAGGCUGCACACACGACCACCGCCGAUCUCGCCCAAAGACAGAAGCUGGAGCGAGAGUCUGAGCUGGCUCAGAUUCGCAGUCGCUUUCAGAAGGGGAACAACAUGUGGAAAAACAAAGAUGAAGCGGCAGAAACCAAUAAAAAUACAGAAAUCAAGGAACAGCUUCACAAGCCUGUGGAGGCUGAAGUUGCUUCAUUGGAGCCACAGGAUGAGCCCACAGCACCCUCUACUGAGAGAACAGACACACCCACAAAGAGUAUUCCUCCAGGUCAUGGCUUGAUGGUCUCGCCUCCAGCCUCAACGUCCAGUCCUCUGAGGGUGGUCACCCCCACUGUGGAGACGACUACAGAUGAAACACCAGAAGACGAAGAGGUGGUCAAGGAGAUAGAGAUGAACGUGGACCAGUCCGUCAACUCUGCAGUCAUCAACGAUCUGUUUGAUGGAAUCCUGGAGCAGAGUGAUGAUGAGGACGAGGAAAAUGAGGAGGAAGAUGCUUUGAAUAUCUCCUCCAUGUCCCUCCUCACUCCACUCGCAGAGACUGUGGCUGCUGUGGUGAAGAGUCCAGAGAGAAGAAUGAUGACCUCAACUCCAGCCAGCUCAUUCCUCGUGAAGGACAACACUCCAGACAGAGUUUCCAGGCCCAGCAAGUUCCAGAGAACAAACAUGAUCCGUACUGCCUCUUCAGACAGCAUCGAGGCCUUGGACGGGGACCACAAAUUGCCGUAUAGCAUUGACGCAUACAGGUCCACCAGGGUGAAAGAGACCGAGAGACCCAGCGUGAAGCAGGUGAUUGUGAGAAAAGAGGACGUUUCUAACCGAGCGGAGGAACCCAGAGGGUCCAGUCUCUUCAGUAUCAAACAGAAAAUGAAGAUUCUGACGAAUGAGAUGAACCUGCAGCAGACGGUUAUUCAUCAGGCCAGUCAGGCGCUCAACUGCUGCACAGAUGAAGAGCACGGCAAAGGAUCGCAGGUGGAGGCUGAGGCAGAGAGGCUGCUGCUGGUGGCAACGGAGCGGAGGGAAGCAUUGAAGGCAGAGCUGGAUCGUCUGAAAGGAGACCCAACAGGCCAGAAAAAGGCCAGUGCAGCCCCAGAACCUGCCGGCAUGUCUGCCUCCAAGGGCUCCAUCACCCUGCAGGAGUUACGCCUGCCUCUGAAGGCGGACUUUGUCUGCUCCACUGCCAACAAGCCAGAGGGAACCAAACAUUCCUUCUUCAUCAUGAUUCGUGCGGGAGCAGAGAACACUGUGGCCACACCGUUAGCCAGCACACACCGCGGCCUCAGUGGCGACACCCUCUCCUUCCCCACCAAGUUUACCAUAUCUGAUGUCUCCAGCAGCUUUGAAAUUGAUAUUGAGGUCUAUGGCCUGGUGCAGAAACGUGAGGUCUGCACUGACAAGAAGAAGAAACAGAGCAAGUCCAAGAUAAUAUGGAGGCAGGUUAACGAGGCCCAUGAUUUGUGUAUGUCGGCUAUCACUCCAAAGAGAUUCCUCGCCAUCACCAAAAGUGCCCAAACCCCAGUUGUGGCCAGUCCCGGCGGCCCCAACGCUAUUCGCACCAGUAACUUUGUCCUGGUUGCAUCACACAAGCUCACCCUGGCCUCCGUUGGGAAAAACAAAUUUCCUUUGGAGAAGAUCAGAUAUGAAGGAGAACUACUCAGUGGCAUGUUUCAUACCAAGGUGCCGUUCUUGUGCCCUCUGGAGGGCCACGUCUACCUCAAGAUGCAGUGUGAAGUUGGCUCAAAGGUGGAGGAGAAGGGCUUCCUGACGAUGUUCGAAGAUGUUAGUGGAUUUGGCGCCUGGCACAGGAGGUGGUGCGUCCUUUCGGGAUACUGCAUCUCCUACUGGACUUACCCCGACGAUGAGAAGCGCAAGAAUCCCAUCAGUCGCAUCAACCUGGCCAACUGCACCAGUAAGAAAGUAGAACCAGCCAACAGAGAGUUCUGCGCCCGACCCAACACAUUUGAGCUCAUCACAGUCCGACCACAGAGAGAGGACGACAAAGAGACACUAGUCAGUCAGUGUCAGAACACCAUGUGUGUCACCAAAAACUGGCUGAGUGCCGACACUAAAGACGAGAGGAAUCUGUGGAUGAAGAAGCUGAACCAGAUCCUGGUGGAUCUGCGUAUGUGGCAACCAGACGCCUGCUACAGGCCACUGUAAUUAUUGCACUCUGUCACAAGCAGCCCUGCUAUCAUUCGGACUGUCAAUAUCAGUGACACAUGCAAUUACUAAGUGCAAUACAGUAUAAUUGUUAAAUAUUUCUACUUGUGGAUGUUUUACAGGAGAUACGUAAAUAAGCACAAGUUACAGAUCAGAUAAAUAAAGCCAUACGUUUGAAACAUUUCAGUACAGUAUUGUGUGUCGGAGUCGGGGUUUGGCACUAUAUUUUAUACAUUUCCAGACUGCUUACAAACUCUAAUGUUGCGGGGUAUCAUUGAGUUGCCACAUUAUGAUGUUGAUGCCAAUAUAUCGUGUGUUUAACAUAUAAUGCAUGGCUUUAAAUUAUUUGGUUUCAAAGCUGAAAUCAAUUCAUAUAAGUGGUGUUUGAUUUACAGAUGAAUAUUGAAGCACCAGUUUUAUCACCUUUUAUUCUGCAUGACAGCACAGAACGCUACUGAGUUGAUGCCUGUUGGUCAGUUUUUACUUUAUAUAUAUUAGCUUUUAUAACUCGUGGCAGGACUUUCACAUGUUUUUCUUUUCCUCUAUUGCCAUGCACAGAUUUUGAUACCAGUUAUUCUCCAUCUUUAAUUUUAUUUGUGUUGUCUGUUCAGUUUUUAUGUAAAUGUUUGAGUGUGGAAGUUGAAGGUGGAUAACUAGGGGGUAGGUAAAGUCUGUUACAUAUUCUACAAUAUACCGAUGUUUAAAGGCCAAAUUUCACCAGACACGGAUUGAAUGCUAAUGACGGUCAUUCUAGCCAAUGUUUCAGACCUCACCAGAAGCGCAGCGGUCAGUUUCAGAAGCGACAAUCCGAUUGGCUCCAUAGGAAAUACACGAGUGUUGUAUUUUUGAUGGAUCCCACGAGCAAGGGACAGGUUCUUGUGGUGUUACUACAUAUUUAAGCUUUGUAAGUCAGAAUAUGUAACAGACUUUACAGUGUUGGUGCAGGUGUUGGGAAACGUAAGUUCAGAUUGAUGGAUUUUCAUCAUGUUGAUAAUGAAUACAAGCUACACAAGAUGUAUUAUUUCUGCUGCUUGUCUUCUACAAUCAUCAUGAAGAAUCACAAGUGAGCAAGAAAUAUGUUUCAACAGAUACUUUAACAGACUUUGGUUCUUCAGCUUGUCAGGUAUUUGUGGAUCAAUGAGACUUGAAUAAAUGCCUGCUUUAACCAAAA